UGUUUGUUUUUAAUUUUUGGACUAGGGCUUUUACGUACGAUAUUCUAGCAUAGGCGUGUGCCAUGAAUAAGAGAGUGGGGGUAGUUACCUAGUUCUCAGCCCUCAUCAUUUGAGCUCUUGCGAUUCUUAAUUUGACGUAUGCAGUUUCGUUUUCAUUCAGUAUUAUUCAAAUCUAUGGCCCAUGCAAAAUGGCAGAGUUCACUGGCAGUGAGUUCAAAGAUGAGUCCCUUGAAAAUAAGAAUGCUAUUUCUUCUCCUCAGGUUGCUAAGCGGCCCGACUUAAAGCCAGCCCCAAUCUUGUCCAGUGCUGACUCCAUCCGUGGCAGAACAAGUUCCUUAACACAUCCUGAUAGUUCUUUACACUUACCUCAAAGACAACAAUACAUGUAUAGUUCACCAUAUCAUGCCCCUUUAAUAGAAGAAUCCUCUCCUUUACACAGAGAUCAUGUAAUACAUGAAUCUGACAGGCCAGGAACUCCAGCUCUGGGUGAAUGUGGUGACUUGAUAAUUGAUGGUGCACCACAGCUGCAGUAUGGUAAUCCAUCAGACGAUGUACAUAGAUAUGCAGAUGGUUCUCGCUAUCAACAGCGUUAUAAUCACCACUUGGAUAGAGCCUUUCCUGGUGUCAUUCCUAGAGAUCCUAAUCUAGUCUAUCCUUCGACUGCAGCUCCGCCGACUUCGCCGUCGCAGCUUUACGCCUUCCUUUUGCAGCGAAAUAUUAGGUCGUCAGAGUGCCCUGUUAUUGAAACUAGACCACAAGCAUAUGGCACAAACCCUGUAGAAUGGAAUCCACCACAUAUUUACCAAAAUAAAGCCAUACAUCAGAAUGAUCACAGACGGGAUAUACGGGAAAGGGAAAGAUUGCUUUACCGUCACUACAGUAACAUACGUCACAGAUAUGAGCAGUAUGGUGAACGAAGGCCUUUCUUGAAUCAAAACUACACUCGUCUUCCUUAUAACAUGGUUCGAAUAAAGAACACUAAUGAUGAUAAAGAAGUCAAUGGUGUGAAUGGAUAUGCAGAAGAUGAUGAAGGAAAUCAUGAAUGUCAUGACAUAAGACAUGAAUCUCUGAACUCUGAAAAUCCUAUUGCAUCUGCUGAAGGUCAUCAUCACAAUGGUACAUCACAGAUAGGUGCGGCAGAAGUUCCAGGGGCUAGUGACAUGUCUUCACUUGGUGCCAUUUAUCAAGGAGAAUGGCCUAUGCACAGAGCACUUUGGAUGAGUGGGCCAAGCUGUAUUGGUGAGAAGGAUCCAUUAGAUGGUUUUGGUGGUGAUGACACUGAGAGUAUAAUGAGCUUCAGUUCCAGUACUGCAACUAUGAGUUCUCGCAGACCACAUACACACCAACUUGGUACAAAGGUUGAAAUGGUGUAUUCCUUACUGUCCAUGCUUGGUAGCUGUAACAAGGAGGACAUGAGCCGAACACUUCUGGAAAUGUCCAGUAAUCAGGAUAGCUGUAUUGCCAUGAGGCAGUCAGGUUGUCUGCCACUUCUCAUACAACUUCUUCAUGGAAGUGAACGGGAUCAGGUAACAUCAGACCAGAGAAGUUCUGAGAAUGUUAAAUGGGCAGUGAGAGAGGCACGGCAAAGAGCUAGUCAGGCAUUGCAUAAUAUUGUGCAUGCUCAUCCAGAUGAUCGUAGAGGAAGGAGAGAAGCCAGAGUAUUACGCCUUUUAGAACAGAUAAGAGAUUAUUCUGAUUUCUUAAGAGACUUAGAUUCCAGUAAUGUGGAUUUCUCUCACAAUGAAAAUUUGGAUCUUCAUCCUGGACCUGCAAUAGCAGCUCUUAUGAAACUGUCAUUUGACGAAGAACACAGACAUGCUAUGUGCCAACUAGGAGGUUUGCAAGCCAUCGCAGAACUGAUUCAAGCUGACCAUGAAGUGCAUGGAAAUACCAGUGACCAGUUUUGUGUCACCGUUCGCCGCUAUGCUGGAAUGGCUCUUACUAAUCUGACUUUCGGCGAUGGAACAAAUAAAGCUCUACUAUGCUCCAUGAAGCCCUUCAUGCAAGCCUUAGUAGCACAGUUACAUUCACCAAAUGAGGACCUCCGGCAGGUUACAGCAAGUGUAUUGCGUAAUCUGUCUUGGAGAGCAGAUGCUUCUAGUAAGCAGAUCCUCAGAGAAGUUGGUGUUGUCACCACACUUAUGAAAGCAGCAAUGGAAGCCAACAAAGAAUCAACAUUAAAGAGCAUAUUAUCUGCAUUGUGGAACCUUUCGGCACAUUGCAGUAUGAAUAAAGCUGAUAUCUGUGAGAUAGAUGGAGCUUUGGAAUUUUUAGUUUCCACUCUCACAUAUAAAAGUGCUUCAAAUACAUUAUCCAUCAUUGAGAAUGGUGGAGGUAUUCUUCGUAACAUUUCCAGUCACAUUGCUGUGCGAGAAGAUUAUAGACAAAUUCUAAGGAAGCAAAAAUGUCUCCAAACUUUGCUUUGCCAUUUGAAAUCUCCUAGUCUUACCAUUGUAAGCAAUGCAUGUGGAACUCUGUGGAACCUAUCUGCAAGGUGUGCCGAAGAUCAACAAGCAUUGUGGGAAAUGGGUGCUGUUGGCAUGCUUAGAAAUCUGGUUCAUUCAAAGCAUAAAAUGAUAUCAAUGGGCAGCUCUGCAGCACUGAAAAAUCUUCUUGCUGCUAGACCAGAGGGCAUAGGAAUUGGUUUGGGACCACAUACUGAAAAUGGACAUCAUCUCAAUGGAGGGACAACUAAUAUGCCCAGUUUACUAGUCAGAAAACAAAAAGCUCUUGCAGCUGAAAUUGAUGAGAAUCUCUCAGAAACCUGUGAUAAUAUUGAUAGUCCUAAAACCAGUCCUACUCCUUGCAGUGAUUUUGCCAAGAAAUUCAUGUAUGAAAAUACUGGCAUAAAUUGUCUGGAUCGGAGACCUCAGUUUUUGUCGUACUUACCUGGCAGAAUGUACCACAGCAUUAAUGGACAUGUAGGCUCUCCGAUUCGAGUUCCUCGCUCUGAAAGCAAAGAUAGUCUUGGAAGUACUCGCUCAGAACCACCUCACUAUAAAGCACAAAGAGAAAGAUUUAAAAUAUAUAUUAAUAAUAAUCGGGGUAUGAUGCUAGAUAGUAAAACUGUCCAAGAAAAACCUACGGAAUGGAAAGAAAGAACUAACUUACCAUUUGAAGGUAACAGUAAUGUAGUUUUACAGUUGUUUAGGCAUUUACAAAAUGGAACGAGUUCUAAUACAGUUCUGGAUGCUGCUAAUCAAAUUAAAAAAAUUUCUAAUCAUGACAAUAAACCAGCUGUUAGACCUACUACUUUGCCACAACCAAAAAGGGGUGUCUGGAAUGUGCGAAAUACCAAAUAUGCAGGACAAAAUAGUUCUCAUAAUGGUUUGCCUUUGUUGCAAAAUGAAAAUGGCUUUGCAAAUUCAGAAACUAAUGGUCAUGCAUAUGAAAUUAAUCAAAUUGAUAAUCUUAAGCCUAGUGAAACAUGUAAUGGUGUUCAAAUUAAUAAUCUUCGGGAAAUUCCAGGAAACAGGCGAAUCUUUACCAGUAGGCAUGACUCUGAAACAUCAUCAGAUGCUGGAAGAAGUACUCUUUCAUACAGUGGAUCUACAUUGUAUGGAAACAUACCUGAUUCUAAGGAGCAAGAAGAAAAAGCCAAAGUUAAUGUUGUGCUGAGGAAAAAGAAGACAAAUGACACUUUAUCAUCAUCAGCUGUCAUGCUAAAUAGAGAAACUGUAACUGAUGAAUCUGGUGUUGAUCAAACACCCUUGAUGAUAUCUCGAUGUAGCUCCUUGAGUUCACUUACUAGCUGUUUCCAACAUUCAGCACGAAGUUCAUGGGUCAGUGAUGUAAGUCAACGUACAAGUGCAGUAAUAUCUCCAACAGAUCUACCAGAUUCUCCUAGUUGUGGUAUAUCUGAAGAAAAACCUUGUAUUUCUGAAUUUACUGACAAAAUUCCAGAUGCUGAUGCACAUGGUCUGAUACGACCAAGACCAGCUUGGCCUAUGAGUUCUCAGCCAUCGUCUGACUCAUUACCAAGUUCUGUGAAGAGAAUGUCUCUGGAAAGUGAUGUUUUUGUUGGAAAUGAUAUAUCACAUUUUAGUUCUACUGCAGACCAUUCAGAAAACAGUGAAAUCAUGGUUUCACCUGAUUCCUCAAAAACACCUCCAGCUAGACCACAAAAUACUCCAGUGUCACCAGAAAAAGAAUUAUGCUCAAGUGGUGAAAGUUUAACUUCUCAAGAAAAUAAUGAAGACCCGAAUCAGGAUGGAAUGAAAGAUCACGAAAUGCCUUCUACUUGUGUUAGUUUAAUCAGCAUCCCAAAUAAUGCUAGUGAAGCCCACCACAAUAACAGUAUUCUUCAUUCUAAAGUUAAUAAUUUGUGUUCUUCAUUCUCACUUUCACGCAGUGGAAUUCCUAUCAAGUCAAGCUGUCAAACACGACUAAUACAAUCUUUUCCAAAUUCUGCAAGACCAGAUGUCACUUCUAUUGUGGGUACAACGCCACUAAAUUCAUUGAGUAAAUUAUUUAACCAAUCUAAACUGGUGAAUUUGCAUGGCAAAAAUUAUAUAUCUAAUUCAACUGAAGCUAUCUGUGAUGAUAAUGAUAACCUCUUAUUCAGUUCUGGGAAUAUUGAGACAGUACAAAUGAAACAGCAGAAUUUUCAGUCUUGUGAUUCUAAAUCUGAACAUUCUGUAAAGCCAAAACUGAACAUUCCAUCAGAAAAUACUAAUUCUCGGACGAAUACUUCACAAGCUUUUGAAUCAAAAUGCCUUAGUGUGUGUAAAAAGUACCCAGCCUUGAGUCACAAGUCUGGUUUUGGGCAGAGUGAACACAGACAGGCAGAUGCUUUUGCUGAUCAGAUAUCUUCUGGUUCAAGAUCAUCAGCUGAGGAGCAUGAUGGAUUCUCUAAAAUGAGCACUUCAAAUAAUAGCCUAUCAAGUAAAACAAAAACAGCAAUACCUCAAAUUAUUCGUGCAGAAAAGCCUGUCUGUGAUGGUGAGCAACAUCCUAGACAACUUCACAUCAAAUCUCAAAAUUUGCCUGUGUAUGUGGGAACUACCACAAUAAGCAGUAAACAGCAAUCUGAGCAAAGUUCCACACCGCAAGAAAAUACUAGUUCAGCUGAAGAAAACAUCUCUGAAGACAUUCUCAGUACCAGCCCGUCAGCCUGUGAUGAGUCUGAAGAUAUUGAUACAGACAAGCAAACACGAUUGCCUUGUGGAAAGUCUGGUGAACCUCCAAUUCGAAGAAUCAAAUCUAAGAAGAGUAAAGCUAAUAGACGAUCAAUGGAAAUACGACCUCCUUCUGAGCAAUCAAGUGAAGAUGAUAAUAAGAAUUCUUUUAAUAGAAUAAGCGAUAGUAAUUCUAUAUCUGUUGGCUACCAUAUAUCUGUUCCAUCCAGUGAAAGUGAAGGAAAAGUCAAAGAAGAUCAAAGAACCAGAGAAAAAGUCUCACGGGGAAUAAUCCCUGAUCUUUUAGAAGGUGCAGCAUUUCAUGAUGAACUGUCUAAUUCUCAUAGGUCUCAAAACAAUGCUGAACGAUCAAACAUACCUAAAGUGAUGACUGAUUCAAUGGAAUUAAGAAGAGGAGCCUUAAUGAUUGCUGCUGAAUUAGAAGAGGGAAUUGAUGACUGUACACAUAGUAGUACUAGUUUUGAUUUAGAAAAUAUGAAACCUCCAUCUUGUAUGGGUGAAAUGAGCAUGACUAGCAGUGGGCUUUCUGAUUUGUUAUCUAAUGGUAAUGGUUGCUAUAUAAAUGGUAAACGUGCGAUUGAUCGCAGGAGAAAUAUGAAAAAAUCUAAAAAACUUGGAGGUAACCAUAGAUUUGUUUUGAAAUCUGUGAGGCAAACAUUAGUCAGCAAUUUAGAUGUUUCAAAACAAUUAGAUAAAAUCGAUAAGCCUAUUUCUGCUUCUACAUCUUUUGAAAAUAUAAGCAUGCGAAGUAGUGGCACUUCAGAUCUUAUUGAUAAUAUUAAUCCUCCCUCAAUAUUAGAUGAUAUUUCCAUGACAAAUAGUUGUGCUAGUCUAAAUAGUAUAAGUUCAGAUAUUCUAGAAAGUAGAUCUCAGUCCUUAGCAGAUCCUAGAAGCAACUCAGAAAUGUUCCAGCGGCUCAAUGCUGCUGCAGCAAUGGUACAGGUGUAUUCACGAGAACUUUCUAACAUCAUGACAGGCAGUAUGAAAAGCAGCUGUAAUUCAGAUUGCUUGGAUCUUGUGAAGCCACCAUCUAUCUUCCAGGAUAUUGCUGAGGUAACUGUUGAAGAUGGUACAGAAGUGGCGUCUGAUCCUUUAGUGUCCGAUUUUGAAUUCGAAGAAGAACUUCCUCAUGACGAUGAAGCAUCUGUGCCAUCAACAGAAACUGUUCAUUCACCAUUUCUACAAACCACAAAAAAUACUGAUGGUAGUAUAGAAAAUUUAAAUAGCUCUGUUGAUGGUGACAGUCUUAUGGACAGAGAGCACUUUUCUGUAAAACGAAUAAGCAGCUUAGCUCUUGAACCACAAAAUACAAGAGUGAUUGACAUUAGUCAUAACAGUAUUCAGCAUCCUUCUUCAACUACUAUUGGUAAUGAAGAGUCGUCAUGUAUGCUUAAUUUUGAUGCUGAUGAUUCCUGUGAUGUUGAUGAACGCAUGGAUGAAUGCAUUACAUCAACCCCAUCACCAGCAGUUCGAAGAGGUCCACGAAUUGUGAAACCAAUUAAUCGUGAAACUGUACGACAAAUGCAAGAAAAGAAAAAUGCAGAAAAAUCAGUUAAAGCAAUUCGUGGUAGAGCAACUUCAAGUAAACCAAAAAAUCUCCUUCAACAAGUUACAAGUGCACACAUUGCUGGCUCUAAUAUUAAGAUAGCUGGAACUAAAACAUCUUCUCCUUCAGUCAGUGGUGUUAGACCAACCAGAACAUCAGCUCUGCGUGCAUCACAAAAUAAACAACCUAAUAUUCGAGGAACUAGUGGCAGAAUGUCUCCAAGAUCAUUUUUGAGUAAACCACCUACUACUAAUUUGCGAAAUUCUAAUAGAGUUAAUAAGACGGUAAUUGUAAAUUCAAAUAAUCAUGCACCUGUAGAUUCAAAAACGAAUUCCAGUCAGUCAGAAACUAAAAGACCCCAUCCACCUGUUAAACAAGGUACAUUUACCAAAGAAGAAACAAAUCCAAAAGUGCCUAAUCUUUUAUCACCUGCCUCAGAUAUGGAUUUGCCUUCAGAAAAUGUAGUUCAGUAUUCUGAUGAUCAAAAUAAUAAUGAGAAACUGUAUGGCAUAGUAACUUCUGUUACCAGUGGAUCUACACUACUGGACAGGAAGAUCUCAUUUGCUUCUGCAUCUGCUGCAUCAUCAUCAAAUCGCAAUUUGCAGAGGAAACUUAGUGCUCCAGUCCAAAGGAAAAGUGGGGAAAGGACUGGAAUACCACAGUCUCCUAGUUCUCAAAGUUUACCUCAAGAGGAUCGGAGCAGCAAAAAGAUUACAGAAAAGAAAAGUCCUACCAGUGGCAGUUCUAUAGGAAGAGGAUCUUCUGUUGUAGGCAGCAGAACUACAAGUACAAACAGUUUAUCAUCAGUGUCUUCCAAUAGUUUGUCAGUCAAAAAAUCUAGUUCUCAAAAAGAUGUGCCAAGCAAAAUAUCAUCAAUUUGGAAGCGAAGUGAAAGCAGCUCUUCAGCAAACAGUCCUGUUACUGAUAAUUCUAGUGUUGAAAAAAGUACUCCUAGCAACUUCAGGAACAAAAUCCUCACUUCUAAAAGUGCUACACUUAGGAGCAACAGCGUUACACUUCCGUCAACAACACAAAAUAGCAUUCCAAGAAGUUCAACCUAUGAAAAGUUAUCAAGAACUAAUGGACAUCUAAAUGAAAAUGUAAAAUCCCAAAGUAAAGUAGCUUCAAAUUUAAUAGAAAGCUCAAAGCCUAAACAAUCUAAGCCAACUUCUACAAUAACUAAAACAUACACAAAACAAAAGGCAUCAAGUACUACAACAAAACCGUCUGGAGGUGCAAGAAUAGUUAAACCAGUAACUCCACGUCCCAAACCAAGCGCAAUAACUUCAAAGACUUUGAGACAGUCUGGUAGUUUCACUCCUUAUUCUGAAUCCCGCAGCUACAGCUUAUCAUCAGGACCACCUGCAUGUCUUUCGAUAGGUAGAAGUAGCAGCAAUUCAGAUUCUAGAGUUUCUAUACCUUUGGUAACAGCUCCUUUUGCAUACACAACACUCGCAAUCUGUGAUGAAUCAAAGUUAAAUGAAAGCAAAGUGGAAUCCAACAGUACAGAAAAUGGACAACAUUUAAAAACUAUAGUUGAUGGUAACACUUCUUCGGCAAUGAAUGGGAAUAGAAAGGAUAGUGAAUCAGAGGAUAGUGACAAGGAAGGUGUAUGAAAGAAAUAAUAUGCUUUGCUAUUAUUUUUAAUUUAUUCUGAAAGUUUAAUAUAUGUCUUGCAUUUAUUAUUAUUAUUUAAGACAUAAUGAUUCUGAAGUGAUUAAAAUCUUGCAGUAUAACUUUUUAAAGUAUACUAAAAAUGCUGCCAAUUUUUUACUAAUUUUAUUAUCUUUUGUUCUUCCAUUUGUUGUGUGACUGCUGAGCUACACAAGAAAGUAAUAGUUUAUUUCAUUACCACAAUAAUUUGUUGGGACAUUUUUUUAAAUGUUAGUGAACACAGCUCUGAGAUUGUACAUAUUAAAUACAAAAGAUGUAUAUUGGUUUUAAUAAAUGACAAAUUUCACCCUCUUGCAACAUAUAAUUUCAGUAAUAAAAGGAGGGUGUUCAUUGGAAGUAAUACAAAGUCCGCCUUUUCUUGUCGAGAGCAAAUAUUGUUUUGCUGUUAAAUUAAUGUAUAAAAUUUAGCUUUCCAUAUGAAUAAUUAAAAAGAAGAAAAAAAGAAAGAAAAAGGCUCUGUGUUACAAAAUAAAACAUGAAUACCUCUUCAUUUUUGGAGGAAGAGUAUUAUUCUGAGCAGUUUCUGCUUAGAGUAAUAUUUGCUAUCUGUGUGUGCAUAUUACUUGGAUGCAUUUGUAUCAAUUGGGAAAUAUUUCACAGUUUACACUUUAAGAUCAAAUUUAAAUUAGUAUUUUAGUAAUCAUAGCUUUAAAAUUUAUCCACUUUAUUAAAAUUGUCAUUACAGUUCUUAAUUUAAAUAAACAUGAUUAAAUUACAUAUUUUUAGUUGAUGUUUUCAAUUUAUUAAAACUUAAUGCAUUUAUUGAUGUAGAAUUUUAUUUUGUUGGUUGCUUGAGUUGACGAAAAGCUAUUUUAGUCACAUUUGAAUUAGUGAGAUAUUUAUUUGUAAGUCCGAGGAUUUUGUAACAGGGUUGGACAGCUAUUAACUGUAAUUAAAAAUAUGAUUGUUUAAAAUAUAUUUUCUUCAUGUAAAACUGUAAACGCAAAGUGAAUGUAAGUUGCAUAUAAAAGAAGCAUUUAUAAUGUAUGAAAGUUUAUGCAUACUUAUCAUUUGGAAAUUCCUUAGUCUUUGCUUUUAUUUAUCAUGUAUGUGAUUAAUUAAAGCUGCUAAAAAUUUACUGAUUUUAUACUUGCCAUUGUAUUUUAAGUUAUCAAUACUUCCUUCUGUGCCCCUUUUUUGGGGGUAAAGGGCAGUUGAAAAAGAAUGCAAUGUAAGACAAGGUUACUUUAAUUUUGUGAAAUGUUCAUUCUUUCUUAACUUGUUAAGAAUAAAUUGAGACAAGCUUAGUGCUGGUUUUUUUAAAAGAUUAUUCUUUGAUGAACAUUCAGAAAAAAAUUAUCCUUUCUUCAAUUAUGCAAUUUAAGAAACAUUUUUGUUGCUAGUUUUAUGAUUGAAUUUAUUAAAAGUUAUGAAUUGUAAAGAAGAAUAAAUUUAAAAGAGCAGACUAAAAAGUGGGAAAGGAUGCCUGCAUUCAAUUUCUCCUCUAGCAGUAUGAUAUUUUGCGAUAAAUUUUAAAGUCUUUGGCUUUUAUAUAAAUGUAAUAUGUGGUUUAAUGUAAGCUUAAAAAUGUAAAAUAGAAAAAGACAAAUUUUGGAUGAGCAAAUAAUUUUCUUUCUCUUGUUUAAUAAAUUGAUGAUUAAAACAUGCU